CCGUCUUUAGUCUGGCAGUUAUUGAUACCGGAAGUUGACGUUGACUGACAACAUGGGAGCCGGCAUUCAGGAACAAAUUAUACAAUACGCAAAUGUAUUGACUGACAAUGUCCAGAAACAGGAUCCUACAACUAUAGGCAUCUUAGUAGCAAGCUUAGUUGUUUUGCUUACGAUAGUAAUCCUUGUCUGUAAAGGAAAAUCCAACAAGAGAAGUGGUGUGCUGUUGUUGGGAACAUGUGAAUCGGGGAAAACUCUUCUGUAUACCAGGCUUGUUCAUCAGAAUUACACAGACACCUUUACCUCAAUAGCCAGUAAUUCUGGAAGUUACCAAGUUCAAGGAAAGACUAAGAGUUUAAGGAUAAUUGAUGUACCAGGACAUGAGAGAUUAAGACAGACAAUGCUGCACCAGUAUAAAAGCUUAGCAAGGGGUAUAAUAUUUGUGAUUGACAGUUCAACUUUACAGAAAGAAAUUAAAGACGUUGCAGAUUAUCUAUACACAGCACUAAGUGACAGCGUUAUAUCAUACAAUAUCCCACCUGUAUUGAUAGCAUGUAACAAACAGGACCUUUUAAUGUCAAAAGGAGCUGAGGUUAUAAGGUCACAAUUAGAAAAAGAAAUGAACACAUUGAGAGUAACAAGGUCGGCCUCAUUGCAGCAGAUUGAAAGUUCAGGGAACAACAACACAUUUCUUGGUAAACGUAACAAGGAUUUCAGUUUUGAUGAUCUGAAACCAAUGAAAGUAGACUUUGUAGAGUGUAGCUUGAAGGGAAAAGAUGCUGAAAGUAAACCACAAAUGAAGGACCUAGAUGAUUGGUUGAUAAAAAUAGCUUAAGAUUUCAUUGGUUAUUCAAAAUUUCAUGAGUGCAAGUUUUGUAUGCUUGAAAAAUCAAAAUGAUUGUUUAAAACAAACUAUGUGUUUAAGAAGAACAGUUAAGGUUAUACUUGUUGUGUUUGUAGUUUAAAUGGAUAUUGUUUGUUAAAAUGUACUUAAGUACCACUUGUUGAUCAAUGCUCAUAUCUGUAGAGUAUUCUUGAACUAUAGAGACCAAUCAUUAUCACUGCUUUAUUUUAUGACAACAGAAGAAAUAAGAGUAAUUGAUUGAAUUUAGUAGAUUUCAAAAUCAUUCAAUAGUACAAAAUCAAGUUUUUUUUUUAAAGACAGUCAGAAUUUGUAUUGGAAGAUACUCAAAUUGUCAAUUGUGUAUAUUUUGUUUGGUGCUGGAAGAAGAAAUAAAUAUUGAAAUUUGAA